UGCAAGGAGCACGCGCCGACCGGAUCGCAACUUCAAACCAAAAAGGAUCGGGCUCGUGCGCUUUCUUACCGCUCUCGCCCGAUGGUCCCGUUUCGCUGCUAUCCUAACAGCGUCGCGUGUGAUCCCCGAAGGUUGCGGGCUCCGCUGCGCCCAGAAUUCUCAAUGAGGACCAGGCACCGGACAUGAAGGUGGCCUGGAGUGGGCAAGGAAGGUGGAAUGUCGAACUUCCACCCGGUGAGCUUGCAGACUUGUCCCAGUUCUCCACGGGACUCGUGGAUCCGGUCCCUGAAAGAAACCUCCUCUACGAGCUUUGGAAAAAAAUGCACUUGUUCCGUAGCUGCAGCUAUCGGAUCCAGCUGGAGGGACAGAUGACCAGUGCCCCGAGGAUCCAGGGCAUCCGAUGGACUCCUCUUCCAGAGAGUGAAUCAACUCUGGUGCCUGGGCACAACCUAAAACAGGCUUCCUCCAACAAAAUUCAGCGGGCAGGAAGGCUCCUCUGCGCACACCUAGUAAUCAUGCAUCCAGAUUUAAUACGUGAUCAUAAGCAUCACCUCCGGCUUCACAGGCAGUGUUGUUCUGGGAAGGAAUUGGUAGAUGCACUCCUUAGUGCAGGACUUUCAGUGCAGACCCGCAGCCAGGCCCUUGGGCUUUGUCAAGUGUUGAUGGAUGAAGGAGUACUAGCUCAUGGUAAGGGUCAAUCUGUUCCUAACCAGCGCACAGAUGAGGAACUUGCACUGAUCUUUGAGGAGUUACUGCAUGUCAAAGCUGUAGCCCAUCUCUCCAGUUCGGUGAGGAGAGAGUUGGCUGCUGUACUGCUUUUUGAGUCCCAUGCCAAGGCUGGAACUGUGUUGUUCAGCCAAGGGGACAAGGGCACGUCCUGGUACAUCAUUUGGAAGGGAUCAAUCAAUGUUGUUACACAUGAUAAGGGCUUAGUGUGCACCCUACAUGAAGGUGAUGACUUUGGCCAGCUGGCACUCGUGAACGAUGCCCCCCGUGCUGCCACCAUCAUCCUUCGUGAGGACAGUUGCCACUUCUUGCGAGUGGACAAAAGGGAUUUCAACCGGAUUCUCAAGGAUGUCGAAGCUAACACGUUACGGCUAAAGGAACACGGGAAAGUGGUGCUUGUUUUAGAGAAGAAUUCACAAGGCACUAAUUCCAGUCACCUUGCUGGGACUCCUGGGAGCAGUAGAUAUUCAGUAAUGGCUGGGACCCCUGAAAAAAUACUUGAUUACCUAUUGGAAACCAUGCGUUCAGACUCUACGCUUUCUGACCCUGUCGAUACAUUUCUGGGAGAUUUUCUCCUGACGUACAGUGUGUUCAUGCCGACUCCACAGCUGUGCCGAACUCUGCUCCAACACUUCCAUUCGGAACCUUCGGAGGGCUCGGAGCAGGACAAAGCUGCUUAUAUCCUGGGGAAAAGGCAGAAGAUCCUGUGGUUGGUCAACCAGUGGGUGUCUCUGUAUGGACGGCUGCUGCAAGCAGAGGCCUGUGCUGUGGCCUUUUUGCAGACUAUGUCAGAAUACGCAACUCAAGAUGCUCGUCUGGGGCCCCUGGUUCGGGAACAAAUCCAGGAUCGCCGGAGAAAUAGAGUGAUAGAAAAUGGCAGCAACUGUGCAUCCCCAAAGCUACAGGUCAGGAAUGUUGUGAACCGGUUUGUCAUCCAAGAAGAAACUUUUCUGAACAACAGUUACACCAUGCGAAUCAAGGACAAAGUUUCAUAUGACAUAUACAGGCCCAACUAUUCCUGCCUUACCAGACUGUUACAGGUGAAUGCCUCAGUUCAGGAAGUCCUUGCAUCAUUAGUAGACUGUCAAGACUGGAACAAAGACUGGAUCCUAGUCAAAGUUAAUUCAGCAGGAGAUAAAGUUGUAUUGCCCAUGGAAGCUUUUGGUGUGUUUACAUCCCUGGGGUUGAAUGAGAGACUUUUUGCUGUCAGUGUUCAAGAGCUUCACAACUUGGCGCCUCACCCUGAACAGCUUGGUCCCAGAAUUGGUUCCUGGGAAAGUUUGGAUUUCAUUAGUUCAAAGGACCUGGCUAAUCAGAUCACUGAACAUGACUGGAACCUCUUCAAAAGCCUCCAUCAGGUGGAGUUGAUUUACUACGUGGUUGGGUCACAGAAAUUUCCCAGUGCAACCACAGUCAACGUGGAGCGUUUCCUGCGUCGUUUCAAUGAGCUGCAGUUCUGGAUCACCACUGAGCUCUGCCUUUGUCCUGAUGUUAUCAAAAGAGCCCAGCUGCUCCGCAAAUUCAUCAAGCUGGCUGCGCACCUAAAAGACCAAAGGAACCUGAAUUCCUUCUUUGCUGUGAUGUUUGGCCUGAGCCACUCUGCUAUCAGCCGCCUUUCUAGGACUUGGGAGAAACUUCCAUACAAGACAAGAAAGCUGUAUGGCACUAUGGAACGGAUGUUGGAUCCUUCUUGGAAUCACCGUGUUUAUAGACUGGCUGUGGCUAAGCUGUCUCCACCCAUGAUCCCUUUUAUGCCCCUCCUUCUUAAAGAUAUGACCUUCAUUCAUGAAGGCAACCGUACCUUGGUGGAGAACCUUGUCAACUUUGAGAAGCUGCGCAUGAUGGCCAAAGCUGUCCACCUUGUACAUCACUGUCGGAGUCAUCCCAACCUUCCCCUCUCUCCCUUGCGGAGUCGUCCCCAGCACCUCUUGGAAGAAGCUCGGGCAAUGCGCACCUCAACCUGCUCAGUACAGUCCCUCAGCACUCGAAGUCCAGCUGCAACCUGGGCCCAUAUCCAGCCUCUGAGAGUGAUUGACAGGCAGAAGGAACUUUUGCGGCUGUCACGAGAUCUUGAAUCUUGAUGCUGGGAGAUUGCCCAAGCAAGGACAUAAAGCGUGCCAAGGACUGUUUGGGAAGGCACCUUCUUGUGGGUUAGGCCAAUUCUCCUCACAUUUGGCCAGAGGAAGAUCUCAAGCGGAUGAGAACGUUCCUCAUAUUCUGGUGGCACAUUUGAUCUGUCGUGAUAAUUGAGAAAUAGGUGACAUCGCUGCAGAGCCUAAGGAAUGAUGUAUCACCUGCCUCCUUUGAUGGUUUUACAGGCUGCAAUAUUUCUGGUGUGAAAAAAGACCGCUUCAUGGAACACUUUGAGCUGUCUUACCAGGAAAGGAGCAAAGGAGCUCCCACGUAUCAGUUAUCAGUGUUCAACAGAAAUGUGGUU